UCAGUGAGCUCUGUCACUCGGAAAGAGAGACAGACCUCUGCAUUUAAACACUUCUCCGUCCUACCGCAGACGAAGCCUCUUCACCAUGGGGAGGAUUGGCAAGGAAGUGGCAGGUCAGAUCAUAAGCUUCAUAGGCCUGAUUGGGGUGGCGGUGGCCUGUGGGGUCCCCAUGUGGAGAGUGACCUCCUACAUCGGAGCCAACAUCGUGACAGGCCAGAUAGUGUGGGAUGGUCUGUGGAUGAACUGUGUGAUGCAGAGCACAGGACAGAUGCAGUGUAAGCUGAAUGAGUCUGUGAUGAGACUGUCCCCGGAUCUUCAAGCUGCCCGAGCUCUGGUCAUCAUCUCCCUCAUCUUUGGCUUCAUUGGCUUCUUAAUCUCCUUCAUUGGAGCUAAGUGCACUGGCUGCCUGAAGAAAGAUUCAUCAAAGGCCAAGGUGGUGAUCAUAGGUGGUUGUCUCAUUAUAGCUAGUGCCAUCCUGAUCCUGAUCCCUGUCUGCUGGUCUGCAGCCAUCACCAUCACAGACUUCCAGAGCCCCUUGACGCUUGAGACACAGAAGAGGGAAAUCGGAGCCGCCAUCUACAUUGGCUGGGGCUCUGCUGCGGUACUUCUGAUCGGUGGGAUCAUCCUAACCACUUCAUGUCCUCCUCAAAAACCCAUGUAUGGAUACCCAGGCUACCCACCAGCACCAAUGUACCCUUAUGCAGCCCCAGCAACAUACGGCCCUGUGUAUGCUCCCCCAUCCAGCCAACCAUACACAGGGACAUAUGUACCCACCAAACCAUAUGCAGCACCAACUGCAUACUCUACUGGACCGUACAUACCUGCUCCUGAAACCUUCCAUUCUUCUGAUUCUCUUCAGCUUCAACUGACUCAACAAGACUUCAUCAUGGUGUCUUUGGGACGACAGAUGCUGGGCUUUGUCCUGGCCGUCAUCGGCUUCCUGGGGACCAUCAUUGUGUGUGCCCUGCCGAUGUGGAAGGUCACAGCCUUCAUUGGAGCCAACAUUGUGACAGCGCAGAUCAUCUGGGAAGGCUUAUGGAUGAACUGUGUGAUGCAGAGCACAGGCCAGAUGCAGUGCAAGAUCUACGAUUCUCUUCUGGCUCUACCUCAGGACCUUCAGGCCGCCAGAGCUCUCGUGGUCAUCGCCAUCAUUGUCUCAGCCUUUGGGCUCAUCCUGGGCAUCGCUGGGGGCAAGUGCACCAACUUCGUGGAGGAAGAAAGAGCCAAAGCCAAGGUGGCCAUCGCCUCUGGAGUUGUCUUCAUUUGUGCUGGUGUUCUCAUGCUCAUCCCUGUCUGCUGGUCUGCCCACACCAUCAUCAUGGAUUUCUACAACCCACUGAUGACCAACGCACAGAGAAGAGAGCUGGGGGCUGCGCUCUACAUUGGGUGGGGCACAGCCGCACUUUUGAUCCUGGGUGGUGCGCUCCUCUGCAGCUCCUGCCCGCCCAAAAAUGACAGCCCAGAGUAUCCAGUCAAGUACUCCGGUGCCAGGUCCACAGCCACCAGCCGAGCCUAUGUCUGAGAGCUCCAAUCUUCUGAGAAAGACUGCAAACUAUUUUAUUUUCCCCUCCUUCAUUGUGAGCUCCUGAAAGCACCACUGGAGGCAAGAGAGAGUGUUUCUUAAAGAGUGAGCAACACAUGACAAAGUUGUGGUGUGAAACUGCAGUACUGGCAAGAAAAUCUUCCAACAGCUAAACUGAGAGAACUGAAUGAGAGUGAUGUGUAUGAUUGUAUAUUAAGCUUGUAUCAAACCAAUGGUCAGCAUGAGCAAUGAUGAAAGAAAAUUUGCACAGUACCACUAAUGUAUUGCAAAUGUAUUUUAUUAUUAUAAUUAUUUUACAAAUAUCUUAUCAAUAUAUCAAAAUACUGCUUUUGUUCAUUGAAAUUACUGAUUUUUAAUAAAACAUAUACUUAAGUUA